GGGGGCCAAGACUAACAUUGUCUGUAUUACAGUAAAUUACUUAUAAAUAGAAACAAUAGCUAUCCAGGGAUAGUUAACUCGGCCCUUUUAAUAUUACUGGUUGAAAAUUCAAGACCCGACACUCUGCUUUUCACUCUGUUAUCUGCCUAUUUUCCGCUCCUACACCUCUAAAUGGUGACACACACGUCCGGGCAGCCAGCAAACAAUUUCACGUACAAUCCAUGUGUCCAUGAUUCUGCUCCUAUAAUAUGCUUUUACCACUGGCUAAAUUCUGUUUGUUUACUACAUUAUGAGUACUUACGUACAAAUCGAGCCAGGCCUACCACGAAUUAUGGUUCUUACGUUUUCUACAUUAACCAAACUGUCUGGUAGAUUACGGUUUUGUUCUGGGCAUUAAUUAGAUUCACCCGAACUGGCUUUUAUAAAAUAGUCAAAGUAAUAACCGAAGAAGGAAACGAUUUAGUAUUUCUCUUUAUAUUUCCAGUCUGCGCGGUUGUACUUUGUCAAACGUACUCUAUAAGCACUCAUAGGUGUUUUCCGUUCGUUAUAAACGCAUUCCUGAUGGUGUAAUAAAAGGAUAGUAGCCUGUGUUGCUUUGCUAUCCUCCCCCAGAACAAGACUCACAGAAAAAGUAGGCGGUAAUUUUCAGUGGAAAAUGGCGAUCACCUAUUAGUUGCCGAUAUGUUACCCGUGAUUGGCGGGCCGUGUGGGAUUGACGCGGCGCCGUAGCCAAUGAGAGCGCGGCAAGCGGAGUGCCGGGUUCCAGUUAAAGGGGGCGUAAGAGGAGGUAGGGCCAGUCCACUGAGAAAGAGAGACCCUCCGAGAUAAACACAGCCAAGCGAAAGAAAUAAACACUCUAAUCCGAGAUGCUUCGAGAAGUGGUCCUUCGUUUAAAGAAGUAAGAACGGUCGUGUUUUGCUUUUUUUUCGUUUAAUUUGGUAAAAACAAACAAGAAAUACCAGCACAUCGACUUAUUUUGAACGGAAAGACGCAAAGGAAUCUGUUCCAUUCUUUUCAUGGGAUUUUUAAGUUGCAAGUUAUCCUGAAGAAAAAAAAUCCUGACCAGCCGAGUAAGAAAGCUUGUUGUGUGUGCGUGUGUGAUUGUUUUCUCCUGUGAGCGGAUCAGCACCCAGAAGUUCACCUCAUGUCGUGUUUUCAAUAUUGGAAGUUAAUACUUCCCUAGCCAAUUGCAUUGUUUUUUUUUGUUGUUGUUGUUAUUGUUUAUUUGUUUAUUUCGCGUUCGUUCUUGGGCCGCUGCACACAGACUGCCUUGAGCUCCAUCUACAUCGAUCGACAAGGCGAUGCUACUGGACGCUGGUCAUCAGUUCCCCGGCUUGGGAGUUGGAACGUUCGCGAGGCACCACGCGGCCGGCGACAUGCAGGACAGGGACUUGAGUUUAGCGCAGAACAGCUUCGUAGACUCGGCGCACAUGGGCGCCUUCAAACUGAACCACGAGCUCUCCCCGGGACAGAGUUCGGCGUUCACAUCCCAGGCACCCGCAUACCCCGCAGCGGCACUGGGCGCACACGCCGCCCAUGUCACAUCGUACGCUAGCUCACCGUUCAACUCCACACGGGACUUUUUGUUUCGCAGCCGUGGCUUCGGUGACUCGUCGCCGGCGGGCGGCCAGCACGCCAUCUUCGGCCCCGCCGCCAGCUCGCUGCACCACUCGCAUGCGGACAGCCAGGGCCACAUCCUUUUCCCGGGCAUCCAUGAGCAGCACGGCUCGCACGGCUCGCCCAACGUACUCAACGGGCAGAUGCGCCUGGGGCUCGCGGGCGAGGUGUUUGGGCGCUCCGAACAGUACCACCAGGUAUCCAGUCCGCGGGCCGACCCCUACUCGGCCGCGCAGCUGCACAACCAGUACGGCUCCAUGAACAUGAACAUGGGCAUGAACAUGGCAGCGCACCACCACCAUCACCACCACCACCCCGGUGCCUUCUUCCGAUAUAUGAGACAGCAAUGCAUCAAGCAGGAGCUCAUCUGCAAGUGGAUCGACCCGGAGCAGCUAAGUAACCCCAAGAAGAGUUGCAAUAAAACUUUCAGCACCAUGCACGAGCUCGUCACGCACGUCUCCGUGGAGCACGUCGGCGGACCCGAACAGAGCAACCACAUAUGCUUCUGGGAGGACUGUCCACGGGAAAGCAAGCCCUUCAAAGCCAAAUACAAGCUGGUCAACCAUAUCCGCGUGCACACGGGAGAGAAGCCGUUCCCCUGCCCUUUCCCGGGCUGUGGCAAGGUCUUCGCGCGGUCGGAGAACCUAAAGAUUCACAAGAGGACGCAUACAGGGGAGAAACCGUUUCAGUGUGAGUUUGAAGGCUGCGACAGACGCUUCGCGAACAGCAGUGACCGAAAGAAGCACAUGCACGUUCACACUUCAGACAAACCGUAUCUGUGCAAAAUGUGCGACAAGUCAUACACACACCCCAGCUCCCUGCGAAAGCACAUGAAGGUUCACGAAUCGUCGCCACCAGCCUCUGACUCGUCGCCAGCAGCCAGCUCUGGCUACGAGUCCUCCACGCCCCCCGGCCUGGUGUCCCCCUCCACCGAGACCCAAAGCAACACCAAUCUGUCGCCUUCUUCAGCGGUGCACACCUCAAACGGACACAGCAGCCUGUCGUCUAACUUCAGUGAGUGGUAUGUGUAGGACUGUGCCAAUCCACAGAGAAGCAUCUCACACACGACUCCAGAAAAGAACGGAGUCUGUUUAAGACUUGUACAAGUAAAACCACACAAACGAACACAUACAAACGAACUAUACGAAAGGCUAUUCCAACGGGAGUGAUCCUCACCCAUCGAAGAGACGUUCACGAGACGCACUGCUUAUUUUGUAAAUAAUAUACGCCCUCUUUCCCAAUGGUUGUAAUAGAUUUUGUCGUUUUUUUGGUGUAUAGAUGUUACUUCAAUGGUAGCUAUUUCUCUAACCGGACUUUUUAGUGCACAUAUUACGAUUAAAAAUAAAAACAAGAGAAGAAACAGAAGUUGUAUUAUGGUAAUAAAUAUUGUGAUCCCAUUAAGGCAAACUGAUUGUACCUAAACAUCUAUUAACUGGAAAGAGUGCCAAAGUCAAACACCUUACCGAGACAACACAAUAUUUGCUUGUGAAUGUAUAUUUUUAGUUUGCUGGGCUUAACUUGUGACGUCUUUUUUAUUUUUUGUGCUUUGCAAGUUGGAAUUGUGAAAUAUAUUUGGAAGACUGUGAGGAAAAUAAACGUCGUGCCGUUAAAUUUUCUGUAACCACACCCUUCCUAUUGUAAAUAUCGACUGCCAUAUUUAUCCAUUUGUAAUUAAAUUAUGGUAUUUACUUGCUACAGAUGAAACAAUAUUUAUAAAGAAUGUUUCUUUACUAUAAAUAUGUACAAUUAAGAGCUGAACAUGGGCAGGUGUUUUGUUAUGUGUUUUUGUUCAAAGUUUAAGAGUUGUUUCCUUCAUUAUUGUGAUAAAAAAUUACUGCAUACAAAUAUAAUAAAAUGUGGUGCAAGUGUUAAACUGUU